AUGGGUGUUAGAGCGAUAGAAAACCCUGGAGUUGGUGCUGGAGUUGCAGUGGACCCCAUAGUUGAUGUUAGACCUGUGGAGGAUCCUAGAAUGGAAGUGGUCAUGAGGACCCUAGAACAAAUUGGUAACCUAAUAGGACAGCAGACUCAAGAACGAGCUGCUACGAUUGCCCAAGUUGCCGAGGCUGCUGUGGCCGCCGCCGCUAAUAAUAAUAAUGGAAAUCAAGGGCAGGGGCAAAUGAAUGUGAAUAGACAAAUGCACCAUUUGGUUGAGCAGUUCAUGAAGCUAAAACAGCCUAAGUUUUCUGGAAGGGGUGACCCUGAGGCUGCACCUCGAUGGGUAGAGGAACUUGAGAAAGCCUUUGAGGUGUUAGGGUGCACUGAGAAUGAAAAAGUAACCCUGGCGGCAUAUCAGUUACAGGAUAACGCGAAUGAUCGGUGGAAGGCUACCAGGAUAGGGUUGCACGCUGGAAAGGCCCAGCCAGCGCCUGCAGCACCGGGAUCUUCAGGGGCUGAGCACGAACCGGAGCCGGAAGAGUCUCUAGCGGGAGACGAUCCAAUGGACGUGGAUCUUGAAGCGAUCCCUGAAGAAGAAUCGGAAGAGGAAGAACCCGAGGCUGAGCCUGAGGAUGAGCCUGCUGAGUUCGCAGAGCCUGAAGAGGAAAGGGAGUAUAUACUCCCGUAUGAACAGUGGAUGGACCCCGAGUUCGUACCUGAGGAUGAUUUGCUCGAGGAGCCGGUCGAGGAGGAGCAGGACGAGGUUCCAGCUGAGUUGGGUGAUAUAAACCACCAAAUCGAGAUUGAGGCCGAGCCGGAGUCCUCGGAGGAGCAGAUUGUCCAGGGAAACUCAGAUUCAGAUGGCGAGCAGUCAAACUCAGAGUGGAUGCCUAGCAGAGGGCGUAGGGGCUAG